GCCCUUCCUGCAACCACCUGCUCUCUUUUAUUUACUGUAACCAUUGUAUCAACACAUCCUGCCUGCUCCCUGAGCACAGAGAAGCUCACUGUGCUGCAUGCGCAUAGCAUGCUAUAGCUGUAGAGGCUGGGCUAUGUGAAUGCCAUCAUACAUGAUACAGCCCCCAUGAUCCCUUCCUAAUAGACACACAUCAUCCCCAAGCAGUGCUGAGAGCUUCCCAGAGAGCUGAGCUCCCCUGUAAUCCUCUUGCUUGGAAUCUGCUGCACUGAUUCUCUCUCUCUGCAUUGUUCGCAGGAGUGCGGAGACAAAGACUAGGUGGCGAUUUGAUGGUCUGUCAUUUAGCAGCAAGUUGGUGUAAAGGGGUGUGGAUCCACUCCUAUCUCCUCCUGCCAUGCAUCACAUGUGUCGUACUGGCUGAUUUUCUGCAGUGAGGAGCUUGCUCUGUUCAUCCUGACCUGUGGAUGUGUGCUUUGGUUUUUGUUUUUAUAUCUUUUUUUUUCUUUAAAGAUAGAAUUCCAGAUCUGCAUGUCCAUAAACGUGUGCUGUGUUUUUUUUUUUUUUUUUCCAAAGCCAAUGGGAAGCUGUGCUCCAGAACUGGGAUCAGGGAGAGAUAACCUGGCAGCCCACCCCAAUACCAGCACACACUGACCAUGGACUGAGAAUGCAUUAAAGUGGGGAGACAUUAAUAAAAGAACUUGGUGACUAUCCUGUGGAUGGUAUUUAAACAAUAACAGAACGUAAUGCCCGAAACAUCAUAUUAAAUAAUCAGAUUAUGGUGCAAGUAUGAUUGGACAGGAAGUUCUUUAACACUACAGGGAAUUCACACUCAAAAGGUGAACUCACUGACAUAUUAAGGAAAGCUGCAAUACAUCUGGAGAGAAUUAUAACUAUCAGGACAACAUAAUCACAUACCAAUCCAACUUUACAAAGGGAGCAAAAUGUCUCAUAAUUCAGAGAAGUAAGCAUUAAAAGCUCAGCAGUAUCUGUCUCUUAGACUAGAAUGGUCUAAUAUUACAAAAACGGAAUGUGAGCUUUUGCAGUACUGUUAUUUCCUUGACCAGGAUCCCAAGCAUAUUAUUAAGUGAGCACAUUUACAUUUCACCAGUAUGGAUUAAAGCUGACUCAUGGCUGUUGCCGCACAGUACAUGUUCUAACGUGACCUGCAAACAGGGAAAGUUUGUAUUUUUUCGCCUUUAAUUUUAACUGCUACGUAUGAAAUAUUUAAUUGAGCAAAUGGGCAAAGUGCAAUCUUCAUAAUCAGAACUGGACAACAGUCAUAAAAAAAAAAAUCUUAAUGAGCAAGUAAGUGCUAGAGGGCUGAAAUAUUUCAAAGUUCAGUAGUUCAGUCUUAAUGUGUAACUGCUGCAAAUCUGACACACCCCACCGUCCUCAGGAAGAUCAGCAGUGCCUGAAAGGCUCAGUGUUGAAAACAAACCCAAAUUGGGGACAUGCCAAGGAAACAGAAGUGAAACUACAGGAGAAAGUAACACAAGUUAGGUUAUGCGAUUGCAUCCUUCUGAACCAUGGAGAACUCAGUGUCAAUUACACCCUAUCAAGGUGAUGUGAGUAUGAAUGAGGGACGAACUUUGACUUUUAGUAAAAAGACAUGUGAAUUUGAGGAACCAGCUCCAACUGGAAGUCAAGUAGAAGCACCACUUCAGAAGAACUCACUGGAAAGCAGUAAUCAUACAGAGAGUAAUGGGGGUUACAGUGUACAAAGUGGGAAAUGUGACCCAGUCAUGCAAUCCCCUGGAGACGAGAGAAGUUCUGUCAAGGGCUUCAUCAGUGAUGCUGAAGAGAGAUCAUGCUCUGACCCAUUAAGUGAGCGAGGAAUGGUGAGAAGUCGGUGGGACAUGAACAAUGCUACAUCAGAAUCAGAAGAUGAUACAGAGGAAACCAGCAUAGGUGAUUAUAGUCAGCAGUCUGAAAUAGAGACACAAAAGGACAGUGCUCAGGAAGAGACAAUAAGGACCCCUCUCCCCCAAGGAAGACCUGAUCUAGUGAUUGAAGUGACUGGUGGACAAAGGAUAAGUGCGCAUAAGGGAGUGCUUGCUGAAAAAAGUGACUAUUUCAGGGCACGAUCAUCAAGGGAUAUCUUAAAAAUAAAGGGCUUGAGUUACCAAACUCUUCAGCUGCUCGUUGAUUACAUUUAUAGCUCAGAGCUGGAAGUAAAACUGGACAAUGUAGUUGAGGUAAUCAGCGGUGCAAAGUUUCUACAAAUACCCUGUGCUGUGCAAUGUGCUAUGGACAGCAUGAAAGCACAAAUAUCACUUAAGAACUGUUAUCAGGUUCUCUAUAUUGCUAAGAAACAGAGACUUAAUGAACUAAAAGAGGCAACAUAUAAGUUCAUGAGUGACCAUUUCCUCCAGGUACUGAGGGACCCAACAGUCUAUGGGAAGCUUACAGGAGCAGAGAGGGAUCUGAUACUGCAACGCAGGAUGGAUGGAAAGCAGUACUUGGUGGUGGCAGAAAUUAAUGAUGCUUUUGAACGCAUGACUAGUAGUAGUAGACCUCAAAGUAGGGAGAGCAGCAGACCACAGAGCCCCUCCUCUGUUUUUUCCUUGGAGGAGGAUGCAACAAGUUAUGAGGUACAUUGCUACAAUGAAUCUACUAGAUGCUGGAGGUCACUGACUAGAUUGCCAGAGGAAGCUAACACAAAGGGAUGUGGGGUUUGUGUGCUUUAUAACUACUUGUUUAUUGCUGGUGGCAUCAAAGGUAAUGGUGAUAAGGCCAGACUUUCUGACCAGGUAUUUUGUUACAACCCGUUAACUGACUCAUGGGAUAAAUUACGUCCUCUCUCACAACCUCGUUCCCAACUCAAGCUUCUGGCCCUUGAUGGUUACUUAUACGCUAUUGGUGGAGAGUGCCUCUUUACUGUAGAAAAGUAUGAUCCACGCAUGGAUCGUUGGAGCUCUGUGGCUUCAUUACCAAAGGGUGCAUUUGCUGUGGCACAUGAAGCCACUACAUGUAAUGGAGAGAUUUAUGUUUCUGGGGGCACUCUCUUCUACCGACUUCUUAAAUAUGAUCCAAAACGAGAUGAGUGGCAGGAAUGUCCUUACAACAAUAGCCGUCGACGCUCUGCUGGCAUGGUGUCCAACAGAAGUUGCCUCUAUCGUUUUGAUGUUAGCCGUGAACAUGGGCUUAGUGUCUUCACAUACAAUUCCAUGGCAAGGCACUGGAGUGAAGGUGUUAGCCUACUUCGCCCUGGCCCAGGACCACCACCACCCAGUAUCCCUUUCCGUUGCACUGUAAUGGGAAGCAGCAUCUACUGUGUAAACCGGGCCAGUGCCCUACGAGUACCACUCCCCCCUGAUGGAUCGGGAGGAGAAAUGACAAGUUGUGAACCAGAAGUCUUUGUCUCACCAGAAGAGGCGAAAGGGGUCCUUUUCCCAUUUGUACUCUCUUUACCUGAAAGCAGGCCAACUCAUUGAGAAGGUUAUACUAACAUGAAUGGUGUUCUCCAGGCGCAGACGACUGGCAUGUCUAAAUUUUCAUUACUCUUUUGCUGUCCCAUUCAGCUUUCAAAAGAACAGAAUCAUAAGACAUGCAUGCGUUCCACAUAACCUUAUAAUGAACAUGUGGUCAUACAUUUACAGGCACUUACAUUUUUACUGGAGAUACUUUAUUGUCAAAUAAUCACAGCACACAGUUUCCUAUCUGUAAACAUUUAACUGGCUAGUUCCUGCAUGAAGUAGCCAUUUCUAUAUGCUUAAGAUCCCCAUGUUUAGUAUUAAGUAAUGUGGUAAAAAUGCUGUCAUGCUAUCUUAUAUUUAAGAAGACGCUGCUUAAAAAUGUGCAUUCAAAUCAAAUAUUGCAUUAUGCAUCACAUACUGUUAAAUAGUCAUUAAUAAUAAUGCAUUGAUAAUCAGUGCACCAGUAAGCAUGAUUUAAAGCUAACUUUUAUUUAAAGGUGAAGCUCCACUUUAAUAAAAUCAUAUUUACUGUAAAUCAUUCCUUUAAGCUGUAGUGUGCUAAGUCACCUGAAAAAGGGACAUAGGCGGCAAUCAGAGUAUACCAUGGGAUCAGGUAAUUGUUUACUAAAAGAUAGCACUUAUGCCACACGUGUGUCUAUUUAUGCUUGUCUCUCUUUUUUUUUUAUCAUUAGCACUAGAUAUUUGCAUGUUUGUAGAACACUAUAACAUUACAAAUCGUUUAGGUGCACUGUUAUCACAUACAUGUAUAUGUGUGUAUGAAAGAUUAAUAUUGUAAAUUGUAUAUCAUACCUAUAUUUGUCCUGGAUAGCUGCCAUCUUGUCAAGACCCUAGGCUGGAAAUUGUUUAGUGGCUAUUUUUCUUUUUGUCUGAUUAAAAGUCAAGUUAAGAAAUAUAUUUCCAUGUGAAAAAAACAUACAAACGUUUCAACUGGUAAAAAAAUAACGACGUCUAAGGGUUUUAUUCACUAAAGUGUUAUUUGUUAUGAGCGGAAUACAAAGCUGUAAAUGUUAGGCCCUAAAGCCAUGUUUUGAUUUAGGAAAAGGUGGAAGAAAAUUCUCAUCACAGCUCUUUUGGCUUACAUUUUGCAAGUUAGGAUUCCUUUCACCCAAAAUGUUUGAUUAGUGAGUAUGCCCCAUGUAAAAUAAUUAUUAGUUCAUCCAAAACCUGGCUCACUUUUCCAUUCGAGUACAAAAAUGGCAGAGAAAAAAAAUCUAUAGUUUUACUGUGGGCAUGCAAUGUGGUCAUUUAGCUGGGCUAAGACCAUGUAGAAGCACCGUGCAGUAUUAACAAUAGAAUACUAGAUGUAUUCCAAGGAACAGAGAUAGCUUGUAUUGCUGCAAUUCUGGAGAUUUUUAAAGUGUUGGAAAAGUUUUUUAAAUCCCUUUUUCAUAUAUCUGUAGAAUUAGCCAUUGUGUCCUUGUUAGCUUUUCUACAUACUCUUUAGUACAUUAAUACGAGUUUUCAAAAUGGCAUUUGCAAAGAUUGGUUCAUGACAAAGGCAUAGGCCUCAGGAGUAUAUGGGCACAGUGACAGACUAAUAGACACAAUCAGGUACAGUGGCACACAUACUUUUUUACAGAGACAAACACACUUGGGCACAUGUACAGAGGCACAAAUACAGACACUCUUAUGAAAAGCCAGAGGCACACUCAUGCACAAACAGAGUCAUACAAACACGCACUGUCAAAUUCAGACAUACACAAUUGUAUACUCUCAUGUACAGAAAAUUAGAAAUAUUCACACACCUGUAUAGGUGGAGGAACACAUGCAGA